AAAAGAGUCGGUACAUCGAGCCGGCUAGGCCAUGAACGACACAUCGCCAGUGUUUUGAGAGAAUAGAAAGCACGGCAGCUAGCCUAUGCCUAAUAGACGUAUGAGCCGCAAAUAUCUUGCGUCAAGCCUAUUUCCUGUAUUUCCGUGUCUACUGAGUGCUCUGUUUUGCAUGUUUUAAAAAUAGCCGCCACUAAGAGGAAAUAGUGUUUCUGUCUGGCGUUUAUGCGUUUGAAAUAAGCUACAUUGCUAAUUUAGCUUUAGAAAGCGAGCUAGAAUAAGCUAAUUCGUGUUGCUGUCUUUUUAUUUAUGAUUUAGUAUUUAAACUUAAUAAACCAGGACUGAAAUGCUGCUAUACACAGCGUUAGUUUACUCUUUCAGUCCAAAUGAGUGAAACAAAAGGCUAUCUUCUUGAUGCUAACCGCAGGGCUAGCUACAUUGAUUAACCGGCUGGAGUUAUCGUGACGCGACAGAAAUGGAUGAAAGUGCCGAAAACGACGACAUCGUGAUUAUCGUGGAAAACGAGGCUGAAAGUUUGCCCGCAGGAGAGGAGAAGCUCAAGCAGCAGGGGGCCUUCGGGCUCAUGGACACAUGUCCCAUCUGCAAGCUGAGCUUUCACAACAGGGAGCCCAAGCUGCUGCCGUGUUUGCACUCCUUCUGCAGGAGAUGCCUGCCUCCCCCGUUAAGGAGCGCUGAGCCGAGGCGGGACCCGCAUGGUCCAGUUGGUUCCAUUCGGUGCCCGGUGUGCAGACAGGAAUGCUGGGAGGUUGACGUGUUGGACAAUUUCUUCGUCAAGGACUCAGCUGAGGUGCCCAGCAGCACGGUGGAGAAAACCAGCCAGGUAUGUAUGAGCUGUGACGACAACACAGAGGCGACAGGUUACUGCGUGGAGUGCGUGGAGUUUCUGUGCUUGACGUGCGUCGAGGCACACCAGAGGGUGAAGUUCACCCGCGAUCACACCAUACGCCAGAAGGAGGAGAUGUCUCCAGAAGUACUAGGCGUAUCCACGCAGAAGCCCGUCUUCUGCGACGUCCACAAGCAGGAGCCGCUGAAGCUUUUCUGCGAGACGUGCGACCGGCUUACGUGCCGAGACUGUCAGCUCCUCAGACACAAGGAUCACAACUACCAGUUUUUGGAAGAUGCCUACAGAAAUCAUAAGCAGCAUCUGGAAACUAUGACUCUACAGUUACAGGAGAAGAGAAAGGCCAUUGAGGAUGUUUCAAGCUGUAUCAACUCCGGACUGCAGCAAGUUGAAGAAAACCGGAAAGCCGUUACCAACGAAAUAAAGAAGUCCAUCUGUAACCUUAUCAUGGAGAUCAACAGGAAGGGAAAGAUCCUGAUAAAUCAGCUCGAGGGACUGACCAAGGACCACGAGCUAGCUUUGAAGAAGCAGCAAGACGACAUCAACGCUCUGACGAGGCAACUGGACCAUGUGAUCAGCUUCACUAAAUGGGCGACGGGCAAUCACAGCGGGACAGCUCUGCUGUACUGCAAGAGACUGAUCCUUUACCAGAUCCAUUACCUGAUGAGAACGAGCUACAGCCCCUCUAUCGUCCCUCAGAGCUCCGUUCGCUUCCAGUGCCGCUCUGGUUUCUGGGCCACAAACGUAGAUCUCGGUUCCCUGGUGGUAGAGAGAUGUCAGGGGAGGCCACCCAUCACCAACCAUCAGCCGGGUCCCAGACCCGAGGCCCCAGCCGGGGGUCUUUCCCUUGCAGCAACACAGCAGCGACAGAGCACUCUAGCUCAGCUCCAGAUGCAGGUUGACAAGCUCUCCCACCAGCCCCAGAGGCCGCCCCCUCCUAACCACUGGUCCUGGUAUCAAAACGUCAUGCUCCCAGCUCCUUCCGGUCCCCCUCCACCAACCAGAUCCAUCCAUGGGGGCUCUUCUCCCUCCCAAGCACCCCCCAGCUUGGCGCAGCCUGGGCGCAGGUAUGGGAACGGCCAUCCAAACCCUAGAAGCCCUCCAGCGUCCAUGCUUCAGAAGCCAGGCUUCACAGCAUCACAGUCACUCCGAGAGCUAAUCCACAGCUCCACAUUCCCUCCUAAACCCAUCAAUGUGUCGCCGGGGCCUCCCCGUUUCCAGCAGCCUCUGUCAGCAGGAGCAGCUUCCCAGGCCUCACUACACCAGAGAUGCUUGCCGGAGUCGUCCCUCCUGAAGAGGAGCGAAGCUGGUCCAUCCGUCCCCACCGUCAGCAUCUCCGUCCCCAAACCCAGCAUGGGUUUAUAUCUGGCAGCUGGAAACGCAGAAAAAAACAGCUCGCUCGGCCAUAUGACAGGUCAAGGCGGCCAGAACUCCCCGUUGGCAAAUCCGUCGUCCUCAGAUAGAACGACAGGGAUGACGUCUUGGAAGCAGACAUCUGCGCCUCCAUUAGCCCCUGCACCUAAGCGAAGGAGGAGGUUAUCCCCAGGGCCCAUAAUCAUUAUCAAGGAUGAACCCGAGGACGAGGAUGAAGUUAGUUUUGUUCAGUCCAGCGGCGGGUCAAGCCUGCCGGACAGCAGCACCGGCGCUCAGUCGAAGCCUCGGCCGCCACCGAAGGGUCUCGUCGUGUCCACGGCCCUGGCGUCCACCUCCACGGACCAAUGUAAUCAGACCCCGUCGCAGCCGGAUCCAGAAAAGAAAGCAGAGCCAGAGGACGACCCCAACGAGGACUGGUGCGCCGUGUGUCAGAACGGAGGGGAGCUGCUCUGCUGCGACAAGUGUCCCAAAGUUUUCCACCUUUCCUGCCACAUUCCCACUCUGAACGAGUCGCCGAGUGGUGAGUGGUUUUGCUCGUUCUGCCGCAACCCAGAGUCCCCAGAGAUGGAGUAUGACUGCGACAGAGGGAGCGGGAGUGUUCCAGCCUCAGAGAAAUUCCCCCCUGUGGACAAAAGAAAAUGUGAGCGACUGCUUCUACGCUUGUUCUGUAACGACUUCAGCAUGGACUUCCAGCAGCCUGCAUCUCCAUCGGAAACUCGGCGCUAUAAAGAACUAAUAAAGACGCCAAUGGAUCUGUCAUUAGUGAAGAAAAAACUGCAGUCAAAGGAGGGCGAAUGUUAUGUCAGCCCUGAGGGGUUUGUUUCUGAUGUCAGGCUCGUAUUUUUUAACUGUGCCAAGUACUACAAGGCGACUUCAGAGGUUGGGAGUGCAGGCCUAUACCUGGAGGAUUACUUUGAGGAGCAACUAAAGCUCGUCUACCCAGACACGGUCUUCCCAGGAGGCAGGGAGGAGCAGAUGAUCCCUCCCUUAGAGGAUGAGAUCGAAGAAGAGGAGGAACAGCCACUGGAGCAAAACGGUGCCAUUGCCGAGGACUCAAAGCCACAAAGUCCUGCAGGAAAAGGAAGCCCUACUGUAGACGGGGAAACGGUUCCUAAGGAAGAACCAGUGGCCCCAGCAGAGAGCAAGAACUUGGACAACGGAAAGACUGAAACAAGUCAAAAUGAGACAGAUGAAGUGAAUACAAAUAUAGAGGCAGGCAUUCCUCCUGCAGAAGAGGAAAAGCAAGAUGAGAGCGCUGAUAUGAAGCAGGUGGGAAACUGCCCCACUGCUGACACAGAGGUUAAAGAUGACAGUGAGGACAAGAAGGCUCAGUCCCCAACAGACAACUCUGAGGACACACCGGAAACUUCAGGGAAUCCAGCCCCUGCAGAGGCACCCUCAGAGCCGGAGGGCUAGACUGAUCACUGCUAUAAGGGGGAUAGAUCCGAGAAAAGAGAAGUCUUCCAGAGUCGGUCCCGGUGUUGGCCUUCAUUAGAUGCAAUCGGAUCGUUUUUCCAACAUGUAUGAAGCAGAGGGGCUUCUGCAUCCGACAGGCUCUACUAGCAGUUAUGCUGAAGAUGCACAAAGAGAGUAAACAAGCUCUUCAUUUCUUAUCUGCUACGACUGUAAAAAGCACACAACCUUGUGUGUUCAUAAGUUAUGAAUGACAUUGUACAUACGUCUUUAUUGUACAUACGUCUUUAUAAUGAAAGCAGAGUUCGGACCUUUUAAUGCAUGAAAUAUGCCCUGAUAUAAAUAACCCAAGCAUUCAGGCCAUUUUGGUUGGAGAUCAACUCUCUGAUCUGCAGUUGCUUUUUUUUAUUCAUAGUAUUAAAACAACAAAUAUAUGAUGGCUAAAUACUGUAGAUUUUGUACAACAUGGCAUAUAAAUGUAUAUAUAUAUAUAUAUAUAUCCACACAGAUGGCAACAAAUGAGUUGACUCUGCUAGUGAAGAUGUAGACAAGAUCUUAAAAAAUGAUUUCAUCUUUUAUUGCAGGAGCAUUAUCUCAUUAAGGAUUGAAGAACGAUUCAACCUUUAUUUAAGUGCAUUUGUUGAGCGGGAAAAAAUCUCACUAGAAAGAAUAAAUGGAUUUGUUGUGGGGAAAAAAGGAUGAAUAUGUGGAAAAGCACAUCAUGCCUACUGUUAGGUAUGGUGGAGGGUCAGUGAUGCAGUGGGUCGUUGUUCUUCUUAUCAAAAUAUCAAUACUUAGUACUUUUGUAGAACAAAUUUUUGUCAAUAGGACCGCACUUGGUCUGCUCCUAUAACAUUUCACAAAGUUUAAGUAUACAUGGAGAGCUCACCCCACAGGUUCUUUAAACGAUUUAGGUCUGGAGACUGAGGUGGUCAUGGAGGAAAGUUGGUUUUAUGUCUGGUGAACAAUUUCUUUGCUGAUUUGGCCAUAUGUUGUGGAUCCUCAUCCUGUUGAUACACAUCUACCAGAUUUUUCUAUUCUCUGAGUAGCCCAAAGAGGUCACGAGCCCAGGCCCACAGCAUCACAGAUCCUCCGCCAUACUUAACAAUGGACAUUGUUGUUUUUUUCACAUAUAAAUCGGCUGUUUCACGUCAAGCUAAAAUACAAAUUUAAAAAUGGCAUCAGUGGCAUUUAUAUAAAGGGAUCAUAUAUAUAUAUAUAUAUAUAUAUAUAUAUAUAUAUAUAUAUUUGGGAAUGUAGAAAAAAAAAGCUGUGGUGCUUGCUUGUCGCUCAAACAUAGUUUUAUCACAAAGAAGACUUUUUUUUCAUAAAAAACAACAAUCCUUGAUUUUAUUUGCUUGACAGUUAUCAGUGCUAAUGUGCAGAUAUGAUGAUCAUUUCCACACAGGAAUCUGUUUCCUAUCUUGUGACCUUGAUCGCUGCAUUAUGAUUAGAUGGUGGAAGUUGCACACUUUUUGGGUAAUUAUAGAAAUGGCAAAAGAGGUUUUAGCUGAUGUAUGAAAAUGAAUUAAUUUAGGAAGAAGAGUUUUAUAUUUUAUUUACCAUAGCCACUUUACUGCUAAUGGGAGAUACGUGAUGCCAUUCAACACUAGAAUCAAUGUUAAGCAUAAAAAGACUUCCUGGGUUUAUAAUAUUUGUAAUAAAACCAGAUUACAUGAUACACAACUGA